CGAGGGAGGGCAGCGGCAGCGGCACGAGCCACGCACCAAAAAUAAGAAGGGGAAGGCGAGGCCGAGGCCCGAAAAUUAUUUCGGGGGCCGCCGGGGCGGAAGCACGAAUCCCCCCGAAUCCCUCCCCUCCCCGAUCCCAAUCCCGACCCCGACCCCGACCCCGUCGCCCGCCAGAUCUCGCCCCUCGGGCCCGAUCGCCAUCGGCGGCGGCGGAGGCUGCUGCACCGGCCGGCCGCGGGCGGUUCCGGGAGAUCUGGCCGAGAUUCGGCUCGGGCUGCCGGGUUGGCGGGAGGAGCCGGGUGCCCAUGGCGUCGGCGUCGGCCUCCACCGACGUCGCGUCCUCGCGCGAGGCGAGCCGCCAGGCCGGGAAGAAAGCGCUGGAGGAGUUCCGUAAGAAGAAGAAGAAGGCUGCGAAGAAGGCCGCCACCACCGCUGUAGUAGACCAGGCAGCGCCUGUGGUUCCCAGCGUAGUGGAGACCCCCCUGCCAAAUUCCAAUAAUGGUAACACCGGAGAGGGUUUGGUGUCUGAUUUGGACUCAAGCACAACACCGAGCACAUCAUCUGCGCCGUCUGCUUCCUAUGAGAAUGGCCCGACCACUUCUUCCAGAGUCGCGGAAUUUCUGUCGAAUGGUCCUGUCGUUGCAGAUGCAUCAGCUAAUGUUAGUACUGUUCCCCCCAUUCAAGAUGUCGUUGAUGACGGAGGGAGUAAGUUCUAUGGAAACUUGAGCUAUUCAGAUCUAGUUAAUGGGCAUCACGAUGAUUGGAGAGGGGAUAGUGCCCGUAAAAGGGUAGAUCCCAGUCCUGACAAGGAUGUCCCUUUAACAUCUAAAUUAAGUGCAUUUGGAAACACUGACAGUGGUUCCCAGUCUACCGAGGUCUUGUCAAAAUGGGGAGGAAAUUCUUCGUCGAGUCAAGUACAUGGUAUCGAACAAUCCAGUUCAUUUUCAUCCGGCAACCUUUUUGGGAAGUCUGAAAGCACUUUCUCUCAGGAUUACUCCCCAGAAAAUGAUAUCUUCGGCCGCUUACAAGCUACCUCCAAAGACUCUUCCCAAGCAGGGCACUCUGCAUAUACCAGCAACCGGGACUAUGGCAGUAUCUUUAGUAGUUCUAAGGUCGCUGAUGGUUUAGAUCAUGAUGCAGAUAUUGGAAUGCUUCGGAAUGCAUCAGAUUCCAUAUCUGCUAAUUUUGAUAAACAGGAUCCUUUUCUGUCAACUGCUUAUCCAACUGCAUACAAUCGAUCUCGGCCAUCUUUUCUUGACUCUAUUGGGGUACAAAGAGCACUUCCAGCAGAAGCCCCAUACAUUGAACCUUCAAAAGCAAGCAAUAAGCUAUUCGGCAGUUCAAAUCCCGAGAGUUCUUCUGUUCAGCAGCCAAACCAACAAUCAACACAAAACAAUGUCGUGGAUAAUUCUGUUAUAGCAGGGAGACAAGAGUAUAAUAGUGAAAAGGGGCCAUAUGACAAUUCCAUACAUCCUGAUUCCUUGCCUUCCAAAGAUGAAAAGGGUCUGCAGUAUGGUAAUCAAAUGUUCCAAGAUUUCACAAGUCAUGAGAAAGAUGACGGUUUUGCAUCGCUAGAGCAGCUCAUUGAGGAUUUGACAACAGAGAAGUUUUCGUUACAAAGGACUUUAGAGAAAUCUCAAGAACUAGCACAAAAUUUGGCAACGGAUAACUCAGCAUUGACAGAUAAGUUCAAUCAACAGGCACAUGUUAUCAGCCAGUUGACCUCUGACAUGGAGAGGUUGCAGGAUGAAAUUCAAGCUCAACUGCUGGCACUUGAGACCAUCAGAUCGGAAUAUGCCAAUGCCCAACUAGAAUGCAAUGCUGCAGAUGAGAGGGGCAAAGUACUCGCAGCAGAAGUCAUUCUAUUGGAAGAUAAGGCUCUUAAACUGAGGUCAAAUGAGUUGAAACUUCAAAAGGAAGUGGAGGGUUUAAAUUCAGAGAUUUCUUCUUACAAGCGCAAAGUUUCUAGUCUGGAGAAGGAACGUCAGCAUCUUCAAUCUACUGUUGAGGCUCUUCAAGAAGAAAAGAAGCUCCUACACUCUAAAUUGAGAAACAUUCCUGCUAGUGAGAAGGUAAAUGUCAGAGAAAAACCAUCAGUUGACAAAAGAGAUGCAUCAACCGCGACGGAGGAUUUAGAUACAGGGGAAAGCAGCUCUUCACAAACACUGACCAGUACCAGUGACCCAUUACAAGAUGUUGGGACAUCUGUUUCACAGUUUAAUAAUAUUUCUGAUUUACCUUCCUUCGGAGAGGCAUCUUCUAGCAUUCCAGACGAUCAGCUCAGAAUGAUUGACAACAUCAACUCCUUGAUGUCGGAGUUAGCAGUGGAGAGAGAAGAGCUAAUGCGAGCACUGAGAAUCGAGUCAUCCAACUGCUCCAAGCUGAAGGAGCUGAACAAGGAUCUAACACAAAAGCUGGAGACUCAGACACAGAGACUUGAGCUAUUGACUUCUGAAAGGAUGGCCAACCAGAAUGUCCUUGCAAGACCGGUCGACACACACUUCAAUGAUGCAACAAUGUAUGCUGAUGAAGAGGACAAGGUUGUCGUAAGGGUGCUUGGCUGGAUAACGAAGCUCUUCCCUGGAGGGCCAAAGCGUCGCACCAGCAAACUCCACUAGCAAAAAUGAAGCUUUAGUAUACAGAAUGUCUCCUCAUUUACAUAUUUUUCUUUUGCCCGGGUUUUGGUCAUAGCAUCGUGAGAAGUUGUAUAUUGGAGCCAUUUGAUGUAACCAUUCUUUUUUCUUUCUAUAGAAAGAUGAAACAAAAAUGUUGGAGCUAUACAACGUUGUAUUGGACAGUAAACAGAAUAGCCUCCAAGAAUCAUUUCCUCCCAUCUUUUAUUUCGUUGCUAUGGGUUGGGGGUGGAUAUGUAAAAGCUGUCAUUCAGCGAUUGUUGUUCGGUUGUA